AAUUUAGGGCGGAGGGCUAGGGUUUUGCGGAGCGCGAUGGCGACGACCACGGCGGUGGCGGCGUUGCUGCUCGCCGCUAGCAGCGGUGAGAUCGUCAAGGCCUUCGACACGUCCACAGCUGCCGGCCAGGGUGAUCCGUGCUUGUUCCAGUACUCGCCGGCACCAGAUUCUCAGAUAAACUCUGUGAAGUGGAAUCACACCAAUAUGGUCCUGGCAAGCGCUGGAGACGACGGGAAAAUCUCGCUGUGGACGCAGAAGCUCCAGUCUGUGGUGACAAUUGCCAGCGAUCCAGCUGAAUCCGUAGUGGAAUCUAUACUGGCUAUGAAUUUCAGCACCAAGAGCUCUAGAUAUCUAUGCUCUGGUGGAACAGCCAAGGUGGUUAGAAUUUGGGACUUGCAACGAAAAAGAUGUAUCAAGUGGCUCAAGGGGCACGCAGACACCAUUACUUCCGUCAUGUACAAUUGCAAGGACGAGCAUGUCGCUUCCGCCAGCGUCGCUGGGGACCUUAUUCUACACAAUUUGGCGUCCGGAUCACGCAUUGCGGAGCUCAAGGACCCGCACCGCCAGGUUCUUCGGGUACUGGAGUUUUCGCGACUGAGCAGGCAUCUCUUAGUUACCUCUGGCGAUGAUGGCUCGGUUCACUUUUGGGAAACAACCGGUCGCAGCCCAAAGAUUUCCUGGAUUAAGCAGCACCUUGCCCCAACAACAGGCGUGUGCUUUUCUCCACCAAAUGAUAAGGUAGUAGCGAGUGUUGGACUUGACAAGAAACUGUACAUUUUCGACGUAGGGGUGAAAAGGCCAGUUCACUCCGUUGCGUGUGAAACACCCUACAGCUCAGCAGCAUUUCGGGACGAUGGUGUCAUCUUAGCUGCUGGUACAAACGACGGCCGCGUUGUGUUUUAUGACAUUCGCGGUGGCAAACCUCAACCAUCUAUGGCACUACGUGCUUAUGGUGCAUCUAAGGCUGUCACGAGCUUAAGCUGGCAACGGUCCAACCCCAUUCAAGUGAAUGAAAAAUCCUGGACAAUGGAAAUGGCACUGUUAGGACCUGGUCGGGAUGACCCCGUCAUAAUGCCAGAUCCUCUUCCUCCGAGCAUUGGUCGUGGUCGUUCUAAAACUGAGGCGAUGCCAUUGAGAAACGCUGGGCGCUCGAGUUUAGGCUCCGAGGGAGCAAUUCUAAGACCACCGACAGGUGAAGAAACACCGAGCAAUUAUUUGCUCACAAACGGAAAUGUUUCCCGGUUGCAAAUUUCACGGAACGAUUUUAUGAGAGACGAUAUGGAAGUGUUUUCACCCUUGGUGGACGUGCAGCCUAUAAUGCCUUCAGCUACAAAGAACUGGGAUACCGGUGCCAAAAAUUAUGAAGGAGAUGGUUUCUUGAAGUAUUCAAUGGGAGCUUAUAAACUCCCGUCCUUCGAAGAUAGCAGCAGAGAAACAUUCCAGGACUCGUCUCUUGCUGCUACUCCUCCAGCGGUAAGAGAAACUCGUUCGCCGUCUGUGACACCGCCAGAGGCAUGGGGAGGUGAUGCGAUUGCCGACAGGGGAUCGCUUCGAUUGCACUCAACAUCCAGAUUUGCUUCGGGGACAGCUAGUGCAAGUGCAGCUUUAUCCGGACAUGUUCGGGUGGAUGCGCGUACCGUUUCAGCCAUUCGUUCUCCCGUUAAGCUCUCUCCAGCCGAGCAAAAAGCUGUCAAUCCUGAAUCAUGUGCACCACCGGAGAGGAGCCUCUCCUGGGACACUACUGCUCUUGCAGAGCAGUUGUUACUGGCUAACCGGAGAGGCUUGACAGAAGAGCAACCAGGGACUGAUGAGAUCAGGGAGAACGGAAUGGAUCUACGGCACGACUUCACAGCGUCAACUACGCAACCCCAAGCUUCUUAUAAGCGCUCUCCACAGCAGCCAGCACCUCCGGCCUUUGGGCUUCAACUUGUUCAGCGAGCUCUCGAAGAAAGUCUUAGUGGAGUUCAUAAGUCUAUUCAUGAAGAUGUACACAACUUGCACCUGGAGCUUCUUCGGCAGUUUCAUAUUCAACAGAGUGAGAUGAAUGUAUUGAUGAACAAAGUUUUAACGAAGCAAAACGAGCUCAUGGACGAAAUUAAGACACUUCGAAGGGAGAAUCAGCAACUUCUUCAGUAUUUAUAGCAUAGGAAAGCUGGACUUCUAGAACGGAUUUGUACAUUCCCACUUCUCUGCCAUUCUUAUUGAUAUCCACCGUUCUGGCACAGAUCUAGGGGUCUGCGCUCUGUCUCUGCUCUUUCGAUUCUUGGUUGCCUCAUCAAAGGAUUGAAGGCUUCAUAGUUUCUGUGCUACCAUUUUCACCGCAUCUGCGAGAGCCACCAAUGCACGG